AAUAUUUCAACCGUGGAAAGCCUUUCACUGUGCUCUGUGGAUGUCUCCGGAAGGUCGGGAAGUGAGAAGAGUGAACAAGAUUUGCAAGAACUUAACUGAAAAGUACCUCAACUGUCUAAGAGAUGAUGUUACUAGCAUUAAGGCGAAGGAACGAACUUAUUUGUCCGGUCUAUAUUCAGAAGUGCAUUCAGAGAAGAUAGCGGUAGAAGACUUCAUGCGCGAUGAAGUAGCAACAAUAGUAGUGACUGGCACUGAGUCGACGGCUGGUUCCCUGUCCUACGCGCUGGCUCUGCUCGGGCUGUAUCCUGAGUGGCAGGAGAUGGCGCAGCGGCAGGUGGACCAAGUUUUCGGUAGUGGUGGCGAUUUCCUGCGGCCGGUCACUACAGCAGACCUGUCCCAGCUAACCGUGAUUGAAGCCAUUUUGAAGGAGACGCUGCGGCUGUUCCCUCCAGCUCCCGUGAUACCGCGCUUCCUAACCGAGGACAUUCCGUUAGCAGGUGGCAGUUACGUAGCACCUCGUGGCUGCUGUGUCUUAUUGGCCUUCUUCCUCACACACCGGCGUCCAGAGCUGUUCCCAGAUCCCGACAAGUUUGAUCCGGGUCGCUUCCUUCCGGGUGGCAGUGCAUCUUCCAGGAGGUCCUGCAGCUACCUUCCGUUCAGUACUGGUCCACGAGGAUGCGUGGGAAGCUCCUACGCUACUAUGGAAAUUAAAACUUUGCUAACAACGCUGUUGCGGCGGCUUCGUAUAAUUCCUGGAUCCAGCAGAGAAGAACUAGAAACUGUCUUAUUUUCUAUAACCAGCCAUCCCCUCACAGGUUACAGAGUAUCAUGUAUGCCUCGGGAAAUACAGUCCUUUAAGUAA